AUGGAUGGGGCCAGGCCAUCCCGUCCCGACCGUCCGUAUCAGCGCACCUACAAGGCAUGUAUUCCUUGUCGGCAACGCAAGGCAAAGUGCGAUCUAGGGACGGGUCCGGACGGCUUACCGAUCGGCCCACCAUGUGCGCGAUGUCGCAGAGAGAUGAGAGAGUGCGUCUUCCCUGAGAAGCGCGCUUGGGAGAGGUCGCGCAAGCGCGGACGAUCUUCCGAAGACAACGAUCACGAGAUAUCGCCGAACGAGCGUCACUACCAGAGCACAAACGCCGUCGCUGACCAGGCGGGCGGCCAAUUCUCGCAAGCGCAUCGACCUGUUCAAUAUGGCCAGGACUCGACGAGUCCCUUCCAGCAUAGCUGGGGAUUCGCACGGUCUCAGCAGUCACCACACAACGCGCAUAGUCCUCAAGUGGGAAUCAGUCCUCAGUCAAUUGCAGAUGGCUCGGUACCCGCCAAUUCGGCCUCAACCAAUGCAUACCAAGAUAAUCGCCACCGCUCCGGGUCGACCUUGGCGAACUCCAUGAUGCGAACGGUUGUCGCGAGUGGAAACGAUGCUUUAAACAUACUCUUUGAGGCGGCAACUGCCGGCCAGGAGGACAAUGCGCCUAGCGACGAGAGUCCAUCUCAAGGGGCAGACAGCAAAGUGGGCGGUUCUAACGGACACCUGCACGCUACCCCCAAGAGCUUUGAGAGUCCGGCUGCUUUGGAGUCAUUUCCCCGUGUGAAACAUUCAGUCGAGCUGUCAGAGGCAUCAGCUGAAACUUUGCGCACAUGGGGGGCAUGUCGCUUUGUUAAAAUGGGGUGGUUCUCUGCAAGAGAAGCAGUGACUUUUGUCGACUUAUUCUAUAAGAACAUGUCCUGUCUGUCGCCCAUCUUGACCGACUUCUACGCCAAUCACCAGAACCACUUCUCGCUGAUCUCACGCGAGCCUGUUCUGUGCUCUACCAUUCUAAUGAUAUCCUCUCGCUAUCACAUUCUACCUGGCGCAAGUGGAGAGUCGAGGAACUUUUUUAUCCAUCAUCGUCUGUGGCAAUAUUGUCAGCAGCUGACAACAAGGCUUAUUUUCGGCCAAGAAAAGUCCACCAAAUCCAAGAUCAGGAGUCUCGGGACAGUCGAGGCCCUCUUGCUCAUGGCAGAGUGGCAUCCGCGCUCCCUCCAUUUUCCACCCGAGGCGGACGGCUGGGAUGAUGACUUAAUAUCGACUGAUCCGAAUCCUUCUGAAGUCUCCGACAGGAGGGAAACAACAGAAAGUCGAUGGAUCGAGGACAUGGUUGAACCGUCGCGAAGGUCUGAUCAAAUGUCGUGGAUGCUGCUUGGAUGUGCGCUUUCACUAGCCCAUGAGCUCGGCCUGUUUGAGACAGAAGAGAGUGAUCCAUACACCGACGACCAGCAAUGGAAAGAGCAGAUUAGGCUCCGACGACAGAGAGUCCAACGACUUCUCUACGUGUAUAUCAAUCAGCUAGCUUGGCGCAUUGGUUGCAUGUCACCCAUACCGCAGUCACUCAACCACGCAGUCCUGGGAGGGCGCAAGCCACGCGGGUUGAGUCAGCCCGGAAGUACAUGGCUGGUGUUUAUGGAUUCGUGGAUUGAGCUCACCAAGUUGGCACAAUCAGUCACCGACAUGUUCUUCCCCUCGGCCAAAUUUGCCCGUCAGCAACUCCACAGUGGUCGCUACGUCGGCCUGCUCGAGCAUUUCCGGCCCCUGCUCAAUCAAUGGAAAGACAAAUAUCUUCACCCAAGCAAUCUCGACACCGCCUUUUAUAAUGACCUCUUUAUCGAAUACCACUUUGUUCGGGUAUACACCCACUCUGUUGGCAUGCAAGCCGUCGUGGAGCGGGCUGUGGCGGAUGCCGAUCUAAACAAUCUUGACGAUGUCCGCCCCAUGACCAUUGACCCGACAGACUACGACUACAUCCAGGAAGUGAUUGACGGGUGCUGCCAGAUUCUGCAGAAGGUCACAAAUCUUGCAGAAGUGGGAGCCCUGCGGUUCUCCCCCGUGCGCAUCGUCCUUCGAAUCACGAGCGCCUCGAUAUUCUUGAUGAAGGCUCUCAGUCUUGGCACUCGACAAGGGACGCUGCGAGAGUCCCUUGAAGUCCUCGAGAAAAGCAUCAGUGCUCUGAAAUCCAAUGCGCUUGAUGACGUGCAUCUCAGCACUCGCUAUGCGACGCUUUUGGAGAUGCACGUGUCCCGCCUGCGUCGGAAUCUUCUUGCUUCCUCGAGAGUCACUAGAAACCACAACUCAAGUGCCCAGAAUAGCCGCGAUACCACGCGUCGAUCCUCAAUGGGGCCACCAGCUUGGCCCGAAAAUGGCGAACGACCGAGCACGGUCAAUGCUACUGCGCCGCAAACUUUGACCUCUGAUAUGGGCUUUAUGCCAUCUCUGAACGAUAUGGCAGAUGACUGGCUGUCUUUGCCAUUUGAUCCUUCGAUGGCGCCGUUUAGCAUGAACAACAAUGUUCAAUUUCCAAUGUACGAAAGUGGGGGGCUAGAUUUCAUUUGGAACCUUCCGUCAUAG